AUGAACGCACAAAUUAUCGUGCGUGUGGACAAAAGUGUGCCUACGUCGGGCACCUGCCAAUCAAAUGGAUUUGGUUUUAUGCUUCCGGCCCUAUGGGACCCCAGCUUCCCAGUUGUCGAGUUGAGACUCGAUACAUUUUGUUUCUUUUUUUGCAUCUGUAUCAGGCUGUGUAGGCUAGCAGAUAGACAGUUGUCUUGGUGGAUAAGCCUGUGUGCCCGCUCGACUCUUCUCGAUACCAGUUCGGCUCGAUGGCCGACUUUUGACGGACUCGCCUCGUUUCCACCGCGAAUCCGUCAGCUUUGCUGCACACUUGUGAGUGUCUCUGCCUCUCGCAUACACACACUUGACUAG